AUGUCUGAAGAGGAUAUCAAGCCCGGCGCACCCAGCGCGGAAGUCGUGGCCGACAAGGCCGAGCACAUCGAGGGCGCCGGCUCAGCUGUGGAGAAGAAGCUGGAGGCCAUCGAGAAGAAGUUGGAGAUUCCUAUCAAGAAAGCUCCGGGUGGUGCACUGAAGCUUCUGAGUGAUGUCGACAAGACCGUGUUGAGGAUCAAUAAGCUCCUUGCAGCACCCGGCGGACUCGCAUCAUUCCUCUCCACGUUCAACUACACUCUUUACAUUCUCGUGUACGCGCAGACAAAAUUGCCCUCCCUCGCCGCCCUUCUUCAAAGGUUCCUCUCCCUCAUUAGGACCUCGAGCGCGGUCACAAAGCCCAGCACUGCGACACUCGUCAAUGCAGGCGCUGUCCCGCCCAUCGCUGCUCUUGCAGUCUUGAUUUCGAAGGCGCGCACAACCCUCCGUCUGUUCGGUUGCUUUCCUCUCUACGCAUGGCUGCGCACGCUUCUCGCUGGCCCUAAGCCCGGCGCAGAUGUAGUCCUGCACCGCAUCGCCACUCUUCAAGCGAGCAGCUACUUCGUUUACCAAGCGCUCGAGAAUAUUUCCCUCCUCGCCGACUCCGGUGUUGUUGGCCCCGCCUUCAUCGCCACAAUCAACCGCGGCGAUUCAAAAACUGCACGUGUAUACUUGUGGGCGUACCGCGCAUGGCUGGGCGGUGUGUCGUGCGACUUCCUGCGUCUGGCGAGGGAGUGGCAGCUUGAGAACCGCAGAAGAACGACAAGGGCGAGAAUGCAAAGUGAGGGCAGGGCGAUUGCUGAGUACCAGGAUGAUGAGGAUGCGAAGUUCGACCAGAGGUGGUGGACUGACGCUAUGAUUGCGAGUGCGUGGUUCCCUAUGGCGCUGCACUUCAGCAGUUCGACUGGUGGUCUGCCAGGCUGGAAUCUAGGCUGGAUGGGACUGUGCGGUCUAGUAGCGGGGAGCACAAGGGUGACACAGCUGUGGGCAAGCACGGCAUGA